CGUUGAGCUCGCAGGCGAGUGCGCCUGAGAGAAGCGGCACAACCUCAGCAUGAGCGGAGAGCUCGACAAGAUUCCGCGUGAGGAUAGACUCCGGCUAUGGUGCACAGAGCGGCAGCGUGAGGCUGCCCAACCGUUGCCGACCGGUUUUCGCUUGCUGGGACCGCAGGAGGUGAUGGAGGUGGUGUACCACGACGAGUGCGCCUACAAGCAGAACGACGGAGGAGGGGCAGCGUGGGAGAACGAUAAGAAGGGCGCCGCAAUGAACCCGAAAAACGAGGGCGCCGCCGUCAUGGUGUCGAGCGCUAUCGGCGAGGAGCGUGGGCAGCUGGACGUUCCCGAGGACGUUUACGCAAUCAUGAAGGAGCAAGGGAAGAUUCCAAAGAUGGAAACUACCGGGGAUGGAGCUAGGCUCUCCAGUAGCGAGUACUACAUCGGGCGUUGCAAGCCUUGCGAGGAGCACCCCGACGGCGUCAAGAAGAAGGUGGCUGAUGUUGUCAAAGUGCUCGAGCGCGUGCUUUCGGAGCUUGGUAUAGACUGCAAGGCCGAGUACAACAUCGCGCGCGCCGCCAGGAUCAUCCUUCGGGUGGGCAAGAACCUCGACGGAUACUGGGAUUGCAACCGCUUGUGCGUGCAGCUCCCGGCCAUCUUCGCGGCGUUCGAGCUCUCGAGGGAACCAGGCAGACAGAUGCUCAUGGUCUUCGACAACUCCACGGGGCACAACGCCUUCAGCCCUGACGCCUUGAGGGCGCAGAACAUCGCACUCUCUGCGGGAGGCGAGCAGGUACCCCCCCACAGCUUCGAGUACAACGGCCGAACGAUCUACACAACGUUUCAGCUGGGUGACAAGCUCCGCUUCAAGACCGCCCCAUUCGCUAGAAAGACAGAGGAGGAGAAAACUGCUAAGAAGCGCAACGGAAAGAAGCUGGGAGUGUUCCCGAUUGGAACGGUUAUCCGACAGGGGACCCCCUCCGAGAAGCUGGUGGGGAUCGCCAAGGGGAUGAAGGAGAUUCUGGAGGACAUGGAACUCUACAAGCUGGACGGCGAAUCGAAACCGCCAAAGCUGGAGUGCCAAAGGUGCCUAGACGAGGCUAAGGCCAAGCGCGACAAAUCCAAGAUGUACAACAAGGGAGGGGAGAGCCGGCAGCAGGCGCUCGCAGACAACGAAGACUCCGACGACCCGGACGCAGGGGGCGAAGGUGGUGCUCGCGGUACAGACGGCACGUCUCGAAGAUGCUGCUGCCGUAGAAUCAUCAGCGAGGUCAAGGCUUUCCAGGAGCAAAUGAACCGAGUGGAGGAGCUGUUCGAGGCUGCUGGGCACGUGUGCAUCUUCCUCGCAAAAUACCACCCGGAGCUCAACGCUAUCGAGCGUUUCUGGGGCUACACCAAGGCUAUCGAGCGCCGCGUUUGCGACUACUCCGUACAGAGUCUGCNCAGCAGCACCAGCCGCCGCGAUAUUGUUGGCCGAUGA